UCCUGGAGGCAGGAGGGCUUUGGACCGGCUGGAAGGAACUUCCAGCUCCAGAGAAGCUGUGGUGGCAGAAAAGGAGCCUCCCCUUUGGGGGACAGUGGGUGACGCUGAGGGUGUCAGCGGUGCGCUUCUGCGCCCAUCAAUGCUCUGACGACUCGCGACUAGUUCCCAGAGUUUCUGCCGGCCAGGAUAUCAAUGGAUAUUAUUAAGGGAAACUUAGAUGGAAUUUCAAAACCAGCCUCAAAUUCAAGAAUGCGUCCUGGGAGCAGAGAUUCAAAUUCUUCUUUGGAGGUACUCUCACCAGAACCAGCGUUUUUCAAGGUUGAUACUGCAAUCAAAUUGAACUCUGGUAAAGAGGGCCACUCAGAAAGCAGUAAUACAGAGGAAAGGAGAAACAGUAAUGAUGAUAAAGGGGAAAACCAUUCUGAGAAAAUAAAACUGGCUCAAGAGGGGUCAGAUGAAGAUCUGUUGGUUCAACAUCAGAUAAUCUCUGAAUAUUCAGAUGAAGGCGAAUUGAAAGAAUUAGAUUCUCAACUUCAAGACGCUAUUCGGAAGAUGAGGAGGCUUGAUAAGAUAUUAGCGAAGAGACAAUAUAGAGAAAGAGAAAUUAAGAAGCGAGGCCUAGAAAUGAGAAUAAAGCUGUGGGAAGAACUUAAGUUUGCAAAAAACAGUGAAGAUUUGCAAAUUAAUGAGGAGAUGGAAAAUACAAAAAAGUUUCUAGCUUUGACUGCUGGAUCCGAAAAAACUGUUGGUCCUUCUUGCUAUGAGCGUGAAGACUCAGUGUUUUACACUCAAGUCCCUCCAGAAGAAUAUGAAAACUGUAUACAGAUUAUCAAUCAAGAUUUUACCUAUGAUCUGGAAAGAAAUGAGUCCUUGAUCAAGGCAGAAAAGAAACCUUUCUCAAAAACAGAAAAGAUUGAGCUCAGGGGUAAACACAGCCAGGAUUUUAUUAAGCGAAACAUUGAGUUGGCCAAGAAUCCAGGAAAACCAGGGGUUAUGAUUGACAGAGAGAAGAAAAGGCUGAUGGAACUUCUGAAGGACUUGGAUGAUAGAGAUUCGGGGCUGUCCAGUUCUGAGGGCGAUCAGUCUGGCUGGCUGGUCCCAGGAGAAGGAUACACACUUGCGGUCACCCAGCAUCAGCAGCUUGCUGAAAUCGAUACAAAACUCCAAGAACUCUCUGCAGGCUCCCCAACAAUUUUCAGCUUUUCUCCAAGAAUUGGAAAUCAGAGUGAUCAGGAAGCUGGCCUUAAUGGUGAUGACAGAAACAUGGAAAUAACUCCAGGAGAAAAGGCACUUCGGUACACCAAAGAGAAUCGGGAUCAGAAAAAUCGGCUGAGAGAGAUAGAUGAAAAACUGAGAAAGAUGAAGGAAAAUGUAUUAGAUUCAACAUCACUUCUCUCUGAGGAACAGUUAAGGUGUCUUCUGGAUGAAUGUGCAUUCAAACAAAAAUCCAUGACUAGACUUUCUUCAGAAAAAGAAAAGAAAGACAUUGAGGAUUUAACACCUGAGUUGCCCCAGCUUUCCAGAUCUGUCCUUUCUGAGUUACUAAAUGGGUUAGAAACAAAGGUCAAGAGCACUGACGUGGAAGAUGCAAAUAUGCCGGAGAAUGGAGAAGGUGAAACAUCUAGAGGGUACUAUCUCACCCAAGCCUUGACUGGGCAUUGCAUGUCACAAGCUCUUGUCACUGAAGCAGAGAAUAUGAAAUGCCUCCAAUUUUCCAAGGACAAGGUUAUUAGUGACACCAAAGACUAUUUUAUGUUGAAGACUCUUGGCAUUGGGGGACUGAAAAGGCCCUCUUUCCUGGAUGAUCCAUUGUAUGGUAGCAAUGUGAGCCUUUCAUCUGAAGACCAAAAUAUGAAAUCCAGCCCUCCAGAGAAACCAAAAACAGAUGAACAGGAGACUGAAGAUGUGACAGAAGAAUGUAAAGAAUCUUAAGCAAAGACUAACUGGGGUGCGCUUUUAAGAAAGCUGGUAAAUUAAGAAAGUCGGUAAAAAACUACAUUUUUCCCAAAUUCUUUGAAUUCAUUGAAUGCAUUAUAGAGACUAUUCCUCAAAUAAUGAUUUUAAUAUUUGGAUUCUCUCUUUCUGGAUUACAUAUCCUUGAUAUUUUUGAGACUUGUGGUAUAAUGAUUUAAUGGUUUUUCUUCAUUGAAAUUCCUGGGGAAAUUGUUUUUUAUGACUAAUCUUGCAACAUCAGGAAUACAUUAUGGAAACCAACAUUUUAUGUAUGUGUGUUAGGUUAAAACUAGUUGAAGUGCUACGAUUGUUUUGUAUUUGACUUUCUGUUACAACUCUAUUGUGAUUCAGACAGAUUUAAUCACCAUGAAUUUUUGUUUUGGCCCUGAUUUUCCUUCUUUCCUCCCCUCUAAUGCCUAUUAAGUAAGUACAACUGCCAUAGAAAGAAAUGAGUUUUCUCAAAAAAGCAAUUUAGGAUAGCCUUUACUAUCUUAUUAGCAAAGAUACUUUUCCUAAGCAGGACUUUGACUGAAUUAUUUGAUAUAUUACUUUCAGUUUGUUAUCUUCUUUCGGUGUUUGCC